CAUCGUUUGAACACCGUCUUUGUUUUCUCCAAAACACCCUGCCUGUUCUUGAUUUUUUUGUUUUCUUGGAUUACUUUUGUCUUCCUGGCCUGUUCCCACCUGCCUUCGGUCAAAAAAGGGAUUCUUGACAUCACUCCAAAGGAGCCUUCAUCAGUAAAUCCAUCUCUUGUGAACAAGCUUACUCCAUCUCCGUGUCUCCAACCAUGGCCUCAGACAAAUUCCAGUUUGACCACACCAGUCUGCAAUGGCAGAGCUGGACCGGCUCCAUUCCAAAUGGAGCAGUUUCCAUCUACAAUGAAGAAUAUAAACGCACCGAGUACGUUGCUAAAUGCGGUCUUCAGCCUGGAUUCUACAGCCCUUCCUUGGAUCGGUACUGCCACUAUCCUUGUGGAUGCGAGGAGCGUCGAGCUGGAUCAUUUGAGAUCCUGGUGAAUAAAGACAACUUUGAGUUCCUGGAGUGGAAGCCUGAUUCAUACGGUAAAGUGCCAGAGAACGCAGUUAAGACACUUGAGGGUCACGACACAUAUGUUGCUAGAGGUAAAUACGGCCUUGGGAAAGUCCAUGCUUCACAUAAAGUCUUCUAUUAUCCCUGGAAUGGUAAAGAGUAUAAGUCCAGCCACUACGAGGUCCUGACCUUCAGACGUGACACAAUCAAGGAGGAAAUCGUUGAUGUCAAGUACAAAACCAACGGGGUACAGAUAAUGAAUCCUCCGAAGAUCAUCGCCACGACCAGAGUUGUAAACAAAGACAGUCGUCCAACAAAGCAAACCACUGAACUGACACAGUCAAUCACAGAAUCCAGCACAUGGAGCACAAACACUAAUCUCAGCAUUAGUACCAAAGCUAGCAUCACUGCAGGAACCCCAUCGGUUGCCUCCGCAACCGUUGAAAUGGGUAGGGAGGAGUCUUUUGGCUUCAAUGAAGGGCGCACUCGUACAGAAUCCAUCUCCAGAUCAGUUAAAGUGGAACACGAAGUCCCACCAAGGCACUCAUGCACUGUGAAAAUGGAGGCACGAAUGUUCAGCGCUGAUAUCCCCUUCACAGCUCAGCUCAGACGCACCUACAGGAACGGGAAAACCGCCACGACCACCAUCACCGGGACCUACAAGGGUGUCCAGGUUGGAGAAGUCCUGGCUGUGGUGGACCCAUGUGUUCCUCUAGAAUGAUCCUAAUCUAUGCUUUGAUGAUGACGAAUACACGCCUUCUACAAACCACUAACACAUCUAAGUCUGCCCUUCAGUUACCAUUAAAGGAUUCAUUUUAUUUAGCCUUUAGCGCCACAGACGGGGCUGGUUGGGAUAAAUGCAGGAUAGAACAAAAAGUUAAUAUCCUUACGCAACGACAGCUGUUUGGCUCAGUUUUUAAAAAGACUUUGGUUUGAACUGAAUGAAAACAAGCAUCUUCAGUCUUUUCUUAUAUUAAAGCGACACGUUUUUAAGUUCAGGGAAUUAAAGCGCUUUGGUUAGUCUUAGGAAAAGAUGCCAAUACCAAUCAUGGGUCAUUCUUUAUUGCAUAUUUGCAGAUUUUUUUUUUUUUUUUAGCAUUAGCGUCCCCAUUUUGUAUUCAAUACUCUGAAGUUUCUACACUGAAAUUGUUGUCAACAUACAGUCGACAUGUUAUGCCUGGCUACAAAGCUGAGAUUUUCCGCACUUGAGUUUCUAAGUUUAUCUUACUGUAAUCCUGAGCAACGUAAUUAAGUAACGAAUCAGCUGGAGAGUGAUUGAAGCUAAUGGGACUUCCUACCUGUUUGGUGUCUAGAGUUUAUUACCUUUAAAUGAGGUGUCACUGAUUAUUUUUGUUCUUGUGGUUCUUCAGAUCUAAGUUUUGGGACUUGGUCAAAAGAAGAAAAUUAAUACAAAAUAGGUGGGAAAUCGAAGUAUUGUUGUGUUAUUUGUUUGUUUUUUGUUUGGUUUGGGGUAAACACAACCUUGAAAAUAUAAAUAUACAUACAACAGAAUUUGUAAUUGUAAAGAAAAAAAAAUCACAAUGAGUCUUUAAAACACUGGAUAACAUCGAUUAGCAUGCGCUGAAAGACAGCUUUAUACAUACUUUA